AUGGCAUUCAGGGAGACGCAGUCUGCCAUCGUAAUAAACAGCCUAAUAGCCGAUUUAGUGCACGAGGCUAUCGAAAAAAGGCUGUCGAGCAAAGAUCCCAUCAAUCAAGGACCUUGCCAAAAGCUCUAUGAUAUCUUAGGCAUUGCGCCGUGCCACACAAAUGAUGAAGACAUUGAUGUUGAUAUUGAAUGCACUGUCAAAACUAGCAAUACAUUGAUUCCAACUCUUGGUCAAAUUCAUCCUCAGAGCGAUCGUCAAGGUGAACAGCGAUGUCAAUGGCACAAAUGGUUGCUGCCUACAUUGGCUGAAGAUAGCUCUGGAGAUGAAUUGGAGAUUUACUUAAGAAGUGAUAGUUGGACUAAGAAUGUGUCGGAUAUUGCCUGUCAAACUGAGCAACCGCGUUUCCGAAAACGUUUGUCACCAUCUGCAGCAACUAAUGAUCGUGCCCUGUCACUUGAGAGAGCACCCUGUGAGAUGAAUCGCCAGACGAUCUUCAUUGAUGGGGUGUCUGUCCAGACGCCUAAUAUACAAAGUCGACCGCCAUUAUCCGAUCGCUUUUGCUAUAUGUUGACAGAUUUUGCUUCGGCAUUAUACUGCAGUCUCGCCAUUAUGUGUUGUUGUACCCCCAGUAUGUUUCGAUAAAUCUCAUUUAGGCAAUCUAAUAUAGUUUUUAAUACAUUAGAA